UAAACGGUCGUAAACGACACGGCGAAAGCUAUUGCCGUGAACCUGUUGGCGGUUUUGAUAUGCAAAUAUGGCGGAUAUAAAAGCACUAGAAUACUCAACCUUGAAGGUUCCAUAUGAGAUUCUUAACAAAAAGUUUCGAGCAGCUCAAAAGGUGAUUGAUAGGGAAGUAUCACUAGUGGUCAAUGCCAGUAAUGAUUUGACCAAUGGUCUCGGCUCAGUGCCAGUCAAGGUGGGCGAGAUCACUGGCUUCCUUGAUGGAGUUGUACAAAAACUGCAAUCACUGAAAAGAAAGUCAGAAGAAUGUCUUUCCCAAGAAGAAGCUUGUUUACGGCACUGUCGUGCACGUCUAGACCACAUCAAAGAGCAUGCCAAUGGAAGAAAGAGUGCUGAGUUAGUGUGGAAAAAGAAACGACUUGAUCGAAUGUUAGUGGAUCAUUGUCUUAGAUCUGGGUACUAUGAAACUGCUAUAAAGCUCGCAAAAGAUUCACAAAUUGAGGAAUUUGUGGACAUUGAGUUAUUCCUUAUUUCAAGGAAAGUAGAAGAGUCUUUAUUGAGGAGAGAAAUUGGACCUUGUUUAGCUUGGUGUUAUGAAAACAAAUCCAAACUGAGAAAAUUCAAGAGUAACCUUGAGUUCAAUGUUAGGAUGCAAGAGUUUAUUGAACUGGUGAGGAGAGGUGACAAAAUGGAGGCAGUUAGGUAUGCAAGGAAACAUUUUCCUCCAGCAAAUGUUGAUGGCACCAUGACAAAGGAGAUUCAGAGAGCCAUGGCUUUAUUGGCUUUCAAACCAGGAACAAGCUGCUCUCCUUACAGGGAAUUAUUUGAUCUGGAGAGGUGGGCACAGCUGGUAAUGCAGUUCAGGCGAGAGAAUUUCCAACUUCACCAGCUUAAUGAUCAGUCUGCUUUAGCGGUCACAUUGCAGGCAGGAUUGUCUGCUCUCAAAACACCUCACUGUUAUCAAGAGGGUCACAAGAGCUCCGAGUGUCCUGUCUGUAGCCAUCCUCUGAACAUCUUGGGGCGUCCUCUUCCGUACGCCCACUGUGCUCAGUCCAGACUGGUGUGCCCCAUGUCAGGGCAUAUUAUGAACGAGAACAACCCACCCAUGGUGUUACCCAAUGGAUACGUGUAUGGAGAGAAUGCUUUACGGGGAAUGGCGAACGAGAACGAUGGCCGUGUGACUUGUCCUAAGACAAAGGAGACUUUCCGUGUGGAACAAGCUGACAAAGUUUACGUUAUGUAAGCAAAACAGAAGAACCUUUUCUUCAGAACUGUCAGGAGUGACAUCAAAAUACUGCAGGGUUUUGUAAUGCUCUCGCUGUAUCACCUAAUUUGGAAGAAUGAUCAACUCAUCCAAAGAACAAAGUUUGAAGAUUGUCGUGGACAACUGCUUUGACAUGAAAAGAACAAUCAUACUUUAAAGAGCUACGCAAUUAAUUUUAGUCGUACCAGCAGAUGUUUGUACAGGGGUUUUCAGAGGUUUUCAUGACCACUUUUUCCUUAAGCGGCCGCCGCUGGCUUACUAGGCGGUCGUAAGGCGAAACCCAAAUACGAAGGCCUGCUCAUGGGACUAAACACACGAUGAUAAGAGGUUUAGCGGUAGACCAUCGAUUUCUGACCUUUCUUGAAACCCCUUUUUUAUGUCCAUGCCUUUUUCUGUGAAAUUUUUUUUUCUUCGAGCUAUGCUCUUAACCCUUUCAUUCCCAAGAUCUUUUUAGUAAUUCUCCUUAC